AUGGGGGAGAAGAACCGGACCCAGUUCCAAGCUGACGCGACCAAUUCGUCCCUCGUUGCUGGCGGCAACCCUGCUGACUCCGGCGAUGAUAAGGGAACAUUCCAUGGGGUUUCCAUUUGCAGGGGCCUUUCAAGCACCCAUUUGGAAGAGAACUCCACCAUGGCUUCCCUUGAAGGAGAGAGACUCAACACCACCAUCAUGAAAUGCUCCUCUGAUUCAACACAGAAGGUGGUGAAUGUUCAAGACUACGGUGCCAAGGGAGAUGUAGCUUCUGAUUUCAUGGCAUUUGAAAAGGCGUGGAAGAAAGCUUGCUCAUCAUCCACUCGAUCCAUUCUGUUGGUACCCAAGAACAAACGUUAUCUCCUCAAGCCUGUGACCUUUUUAAGCAUAUCUCAAGUUUCAUUCACUGUGAAUUCUAGUGCGUUAUCCAUCAUAGUUGAAACCCUAACACACAGUACUGCAAGGACACUUGAAGCGUCGAGGAACCAAAAGGAUUGGGGUGGCAGGAACUCCAGGCAUUGGAUACUCCUCAGUAAUAUCGAAAACGUCACUGUUCGAGGUGGUGGAACCAUCAAUGGCAAUGGGAAGAUAUGGUGGAGAGGCUUCUGCAAGGUGGAUGCAUCUAUGGCCCUGAGCUUUAACUCUUGCAAGAAUUUGAGGGUGGAGAAUCUGAAGGUGAUGCACAUAUCUUUGGAGAAACGUACUGGCGCAGAUGCAUCUCAUCCGACCAUCACUACUCCGGAUGAGAUUCCGAACACUGAUGGGAUUCAUGUCACUCAUUCGAAGAGAGUAAAGAUCGCCAACAGUUUAAAUCUGUGUGCGUAA